GGAGGAAGAUGAGGAGGGGGAAAUGCUGGCGGGGCCCCCGCUGCAGCCCAACGGGUUCCUCCCGGGGAAGGAGGCCGAGCGCGGCAGCCACGCGGCCGGGGUGGAUGCUGGGGCGCUCCCGGAGGCGCAGGCCAUGCUGCCUUCCCCGGGCGUGGCGCAGGCGCCCAUCCGGCUCUCCCGGCGCAGGCUGGCCGUGCUGGCCGUGUUCAGCCUCUACUCGCUGGUGAACGCCUUCCAGUGGAUCCAGUACAGCAUCCUGAGCAGCGUCUUCGCGCACUUCUACCGCGCCUCCUACUCCCGCGUGGACUGGCUCUCCAUGGUCUACAUGGUGGCCUACGUGCCGCUCAUCCUGCCGGCCACCUGGCUGCUGGACACCCGCGGCCUGCGCCUCACCGCCCUGCUGGGCUCCGGCCUCAACUGCCUGGGCGCCUGGCUGAAGUGUGCCAGCGUCCGGCAGGACCUCUACCCGCUCACCUUGCUGGCCCAGACCGUGUGCGCGGUGGCCCAGGUCUUCAUCCUGGGGCUGCCCUCCCGCAUCGCCGCUGUCUGGUUUGGGCCUAAGGAGGUGUCCACUGCCUGCGCUGUGGCCGUGCUAGGCAACCAGCUUGGCACGGCAAUUGGCUUCUUGUUACCACCAGUUUUGGUUCCAAACACAGUUGAUGAUAUUGAUCUAAUGGGGCAUAAUAUCAGCAUCAUGUUCUAUGGAACAGCAGCAGUAUCCACACUUUUAUUCUUAUUAACAGGAGUUGUGUUUGAUGAAAAGCCUAAAUUUCCUCCAAGCCAAGCUCAAGCAGUUCUCCAGGACAUUCCUCCUGAAGAUUACUCUUAUAAACAAUCAAUAAUUAACCUGUUCAGAAAUAUUCCUUUUGUGCUUUUGCUGAUCAGUUAUGGUAUGAUGACUGGGGCAUUUUAUUCUGUCUCCACAUUAUUGAACCAAAUGAUAGUGACAUAUUAUAAGGGAGAAGAAGUGAAUGCUGGGAGGAUUGGCUUGACACUGGUGGUAGCAGGAAUGGUGGGUUCCAUUAUUUGCGGUUUGUGGCUGGAUUACACCAAAACAUACAAACAGACUACUUUAAUCGUUUACAUUCUCUCAUUUGUUGGAAUGACCAUAUUUACUUUCACCCUGGACAUUGGAAACCUUGUAAUAGUGUUUGUGACUGGAGGAGUGCUUGGCUUCUUCAUGACAGGUUAUCUCCCGCUUGGCUUUGAGUUUGCUGUGGAAAUUACAUACCCAGAGUCUGAAGGCACUUCAUCAGGACUCCUUAAUGCUUCAGCACAGAUAUUUGGGAUUUUCUUUACGCUGGUUCAAGGAAAGCUCAUAACAGUAUAUGACCCUCGUGCGGGAAACCUUUUCCUCUGUGCAUGGAUGUUUGUAGGCAUUAUUUUAACAGCCUUAAUCAAAUCUGAUUUGCGGAGACACACUGUAAAUUCCGGGAUUUUGAUCACAGACCUUAAAGCUUUUUCUUGACCUUCAAGGAAAUGAAGAUGCCUUUGUGAAGUCUUACUGUAACAGCAUCUAUCACACAGUUUUCUGCCUACUUUAGGUACCAGUUGACAGUCCUACAGAACAUGAAAAGAAUAACACUGUGUUAAAAAAACAGCCAGAAUCAGCCAUGUGAGGCAGAAGGAAAAUACUCUAAAAACGCACAAGUUUCAUGUAAUAGUGAACUGCACUGAUUAGCAUAAUCACUGGAUUUGUAUGUAUGAGUAGUAAGAAUUUUGUUAGAAUAUUGGUGUGAGAGUCAUGCAGUAUUACUGAAUGAAGAUGCACAAUUCAUUUUGCCUAACGCAUAAACGGUUUUAACUUUAUAUUGAAUAUUUAUCAUAGCAUUUUUCAAAUUUGGUAGUCUCAUUGGUAAAGGUUUCUUUGACUGUUGUCCACUCUCCCGAAAGCAGUGCAUGCUCAGAACCUCAUGGUAAAGAAACUUGCAUCUCAAAAUAUAAAUCUCAUAACAAAUGGCCAGUCAGUUUUUAAUGAAGUCAAUACAUUUGGUUAAUUCAUUUGCCCAAAGUCACACUUUCCUAAUGCACAAUCUGUUACUGGGGAGAGAUGGACUGAGCAGACAUACAACUGAAAGGGAUUGAUAUUUUAUCUGUAUUUUUAAUAUAAAAGUGUUGCAAAUUUUAAACCAGUCCUCCUGUUUGAGGGAUUCUGUCUUUAGCACAAUACAUAGAGCAAAAAAAAAUAAAUUUGCAGGCAUGAAUGUGUCAGUGAGUGAAAUGUGAAGCUUUAAUUGCCUUGGGGAAAACCACAGUAUAUGAAACUUGUUGGUACCCCGAUACAGGCAAGAGGAAACACUUUCUGCAUAAAUUCAUCAUAAUACUUACAGGGGAGACUUAAUAGUGAUCUAUUGAAUAUUGACACUCUUUUACAAAGGUGAAGUGUUCAUAGGCAAUGGAGUGCUAUGACUUGAUAUACCUCCAUAAAAUGCUUUGAAUGCUACUUUAGAUAGCUGAUGUGAGAUGAGUACAUGUUUACAAAAAGAUUGUGCCUUUAUUGCUGAACGUUGUAAACAAGAGCCUUGGCUCAAUCUAAGUUAUAUCUGUGUUGUCUUACAUUGUUGGGGAAAUUCCACUGUACAUGUUUAAACACCUCCUCUGUGUAUUUGCUGACUUAACAGAAAAUGUCUUCCAUCCUUACCAUGUCUCUGCAUCAUGAACUGUAAUGAUAGUCUCUUGUUAAAUGCUUGUGUUUAUCAUGUAACUUGCAAAUAACUUGCUGAGAAGUAAAACACAUUUGUCCUUCAGUCCGUAUAGCUUUAAACAAAUUGUGAAAGGGAAGUGCUUCACGGCGUCAGUUGGAGCAUCUGCUCUUUGUACUGUGGGUCAUAAGUAAGGUUGAUUUUUGUCACAGUGAUCAUGAAAAUCAUGAAUUUGAAUAAAGUCUGUGAAAUCUUGGAAA